AUGAAACUUCCUUGGUUUUCUGGCUCUGAGGAGACACUCAUUUCCACUGCUCAGGACUCUGCCUCGACUCCCAAGGCGCCCCCUCUGGACGCUACUAUACCUCCUGCGCUUCCUGGACGUGCGAGAACGCUCGUCUUGUGUUUUGAUGGAACGGGCGAUAAAGAUGAUACCGAUAGAACCAACGUUGUCGAACUGAAGGUUAUGCUAAAGGUGGCUGAAGAGGAACAACUUGUUUACUAUCAGCAAGGAAUAGGAACUUACACUCCAAGGAUUCCUGGGGUUAAGGAACCGAUGAAGAUACCUGGCGUCUCUUAUCUAUCGGAGGAAUGGGACAAGGCCACAGCUUGGAGUCUGAGGAGACAUGUCAUUGGUGAGCAGGCAUAUCUGUGGCUCGUAGACCACUAUACUCCUGGGGAUAAAAUCUGCAUGUUUGGGUUUUCGAGGGGUUCGUAUACAGCUCGAGCUCUCGCAGGCAUGCUUUUCAAGGUCGGGCUCCUCCCAAAAGAGCAUCGUAAAGAGGCCGACGCGGCCUUCGAAUCAUACAAAGUCGCAGAAACGAAAGAAGGCUGGGAACACUCGAGGGCGUUCCAGAAGGUUCUUGAAUGCAGGAAGGUUUCCAUCGAGUUUCUGGGUUGCUGGGACACCGUUAAUUCCGUAGGUUACUGGACGACCAAGUCACUUCCGUUCACGGCUUACAAUCCAAUGGUACGCGUUUUCCGACAUGCAGUCGCGUUGGACGAACGCAGAGCCAAAUUCAGAACGAACCUCUGGAGUCCGAACAACAAAAUUUUAACGGGUACCGACGAUAGCGACCUUAGCGAUUAUCAAAAGGUAGUCAAGAAUUUCGUUGAGGAGCAAUCGAAAGGGCUGCCUACAACGCACGUUGACGAGGUUUGGUUUUCUGGUUGCCAUUGCGACAUCGGCGGUGGAGCUGUGUUGAACGGAACCAAGCCGAACUUAGCACACAUAUCGCUGAGAUGGAUGAUCCGGCAGUGCUUUAUGCAGAACACGGGCAUCAUGUUCCUCAACGACAAAUUAGAGACGUUCCACCUCAGUCCCGAUUCCCUCUAUCCUAAGGUGAAGGACCGACCAUCGCCUGUUGCAAUGAAAGGCAACAAAAUCCAACCACCUACUCGCUUGGGCCCUAUCGACACGGUCAAAGGAUGGGUCACGUAUCUCAACCCCUUCAGGCCCGCCAGCGUCGUCCCGCGCACUGUACCCCGUCCCAAAAACGAGGAGGAAGCCGAUGGAAUUGAUGCAUUGGCACCCAUUUACGACAUGCUCGAUAUAAAGCCCCAAAUGUGGCUCAUCUUCGAAAAUAUGCCUCUUAAGGUGUAUGAUAUCAAACUGGGCAAGUACGUCUACAAGAAAUUCAACAAGCUACCAAGGAGCUUGCGAGGGCCUAUUUUCGUUGACUUCGCAAAGAAGGUGACAACCCAAGCGCGUGUGCGGGUACAUCGCACUGUUCUGGCCAGGAUGAAUGCCCUGCAUGCGGACGGCAGCCCCUACGUACCAAGGGCGCUGUUCCCUGACAAGAAAGCAAUUUCAUUAGAUGCAGGAUUGACCGGUAAUGAGUCCAACUUCGAGUGGGUUGAUUGA